GUACCACUUUGUUCCCCAGUCGGCUGCUGCUUUGCAUUGUUUUGCAGCAAGUUCGAAUAUGUACCACUUUGUUCCCCAGUCGGCUGCUGCUUUGCAUUGUUUUGCAGCAAGUUCGAAUAUGCAACCACCUUGUUAAGGGAUUAGUCAGACUGUGGUUUCCUCGCUCUUCUGUUUGGUUUCCUCUGUGUCCUGUGGCUCGAUGCCACCUCCUAAGCUACAUGCUGUGCUAUAUAAGAGACCCCAUCCGUUUCAAGCUCCUGAGAUCACUUGUACAGUAGCCCAACUCCGAAGCAGCAGAUGGGAAGGUUUGGCACUUUUAUCCAGGGAAGCUACCCCGGGACUGAAAUGAUUUGAAGACUCCCCAUUCUCAGAAGGGGCUCAACCAGCGAAGAAAAGGAUGAUCGCAGCAAGGGGAUGGGUUUUCUCGCUCCUUCUUCUGGAAGCCACAUCGGUUCUACAUGAAGGUGAGAGGGUCUGGAAGCAAUCCGGCGGCAGGAUCCAGCCCAGACAGAGAGCCCUCAUUCGCUUUGUAAAGCAUCCCCCCGCAGAUCCUGGAGAGUGGACCUCCUGGUUCAGCGUGGACCAUCCGGGUGGCAACGGGGAUUAUGAACGUUUAGACGCCAUCAGGUUCUACUUCAGGGACAGGGUGUGCGAGAGGCCCACGCGGAUGGAAGCGCGGACCACGGACUGGGUUCCUGCCCAGAACACAGGCCAAGUGGUCCAUGCUAGCCUCCCGGAGGGAUUCUGGUGUUUGAAUAAGGAGCAGCCUGCAGGGAAAACCUGUUUGAAUUAUGCCGUACGUUUCCUGUGUCCCACAGGGUCUCUGCUGCAAGACUCAAAACAGUUUUGGUCGCCGUGGUCGACAUGGAGUGCAUGCUCAGCACCAUGUGGCAAAACUGGGGUUCAGACCCGCAUCAGAACCUGCCUUGCAGAAAGCCGCUUGGACCUGCACUGUAAGGAAGCGACUGAGGAAGGACGACUCUGCUUUGGACAUUCAUGUGCAGAGUGCAACCUCACUUGCUCCAUGGGCCGUGUGAAUGCUGAGUGCAAUGCCUGCAUGUGUGAGGACCACGUACUGCACGGGAGGGUCGCCCUUGCAGACGGCAUGCCGGCCACGGAAGCUACUGUCUACCUGCAGUCCGAGAACCUGAAACUGUUGACUGAGACCGAUAGCAAUGGGGGCUUUAGGAUUCCUGGCAUGUGCCCGGACGGCAAAAACAUUCUUAAAAUCAAAAAGGUCAGAUACGCUACGGCGACUGUCCCAGUCCCGGAAAGCACCGAGAAAUCCUCAAUAAUCCAUGUGCGUCUGAAAAGGGCAGACAAGCCAUACAUGGUCAAUAAUCCAGUGGACAAAGUGAGGAAAAUAGGGCAAACCGUGGCACUCUGCUGUAAAGCUGUUGGGAAUCCAGCCCCGGAUCAGUAUCGCUGGUACCACAAUGGAACUUUGCUGGACUCUUCGGUGUAUAAAUAUAAUAGCAAGCUGGUGUUACGGAACCUGAACAUGGACCAGGCUGGGGAGUAUUUCUGCAAGGCUAGCAGUGAUGCAGGAUCUGUGAAAUCCCAAGCUGCUACACUUUCGGUCAUAGCAACCGAUGAAGCUUUCUGCAAUCCAAGACCCGAAAGCUACUUUAUCAGGCUCCCACACGACUGUUUCCAAAACACAACUAACUCCUUCUACUAUGAUGUUGGUAAAUGUCCAGCACACAAAUGUGCUGGAAAGACAGAUAUAGGAUUCCAGUGCAAAGACAGCACCGCUUACUGCUGUGGCGUCUCUAAAAUGGAAACAAGAGAGAUAGAGUGCCGUGGAUAUACCCUUCCCACUAAAGUUGCUGUGGAAUGUGACUGUGGCGUGUGCACUGAGGUCAAGACAACCGUCCGGGGGAGAGCCACAGCUACAGAUAAUGGGGAACCAAUGAGAUUUGGCCACAUCUACCUAGGGAACAAAAGAAUCGGCAUGACGGGCUACAAAGGAAACUUCGCUAUCCAAAUCCCAGCAGACACAGAGAGGCUGGUUCUUACUUUUGUCGACCGCCUACAAAAGUUUGUGAACACAACUAAAGUUCUGCCUUUCAACAAAAAGGGAGGAGCCGUGUUUCAUGAGAUCAAGUUACUAAGAAAGCAAGCCCCGGUUAUGAUAGAGUCCUCUGAAACCAACACGAUUCCCUUAGGAGACAUGGAAGGGGAUGACCCAAUAGCGGAACUAGAAAUUCCUCCCAAUACAUUUUAUAGGCAGAACGGUGAACUCUACACAGGCAAAGUGAAAGCCAGCAUUACAUUUCUGGACCCAAGAAACAUGUCAACAGCCACAGCUGCACAAAGUGACCUGAACUACAUAAGUGAGGAAGGUGACAUGCUCCCACUGCACACAUAUGGCAUGUUUUCCAUGGACUUCACAGACGAAACAGCCUCCGAGUCUCUUAAUGCAGGGAAGGUAAAGGUUCACCUGGACUCUGCGCAGGUCAGGAUACCAGAACACCUACAGCAGAUAAAGCUUUGGUCGUUGAACCCAGAGACAGGAUUGUGGGAGGAAGAAGGGGACUUUGAACCUGACACAAGCACACGUCGCAAACGGGAGGAAAGGACUUUCUUGGUUGGGAACAUGGAGAUCAGAGAGAGGAGGCUCUUCAACCUUGAUGUCCCGGAGAGCAGAAGAUGUUACGUCAAGGUCCGAGCUUACCGAAGUGAGAGAUUUCUGCCAAGCGAACAAGUUGAGGGGGUUGUGAUUUCCAUUAUCAACAUGGAGCCCGCAGCAGGUUUUUCAUCCAACCCGAGAGCCUGGGGUCGCUUUGACAGUGCAGUCACUGGGCCCAACGGGGCUUGCUUGCCAGCUUUCUGCGAUGAGCAACGUCCAGAUGCCUACUCAGCUUAUAUCAUGGCGAGUCUUCGGGGAGAAGAACUUGAAGUGGUGUCCUCUUCUCCCAGACUCAACCCUCACGCCAUUGGAGUCCCACAGCCAUAUCUCAACAAGCUCAACUACAGGAGAACAGAUCAUAUAGAUCCUAGAAUCAAGAAAACGGCCUUCAGUAUCACAGUGGCCAAACCAAGUCCAAGCACUGUAGAAGAGAGCAAUGGCCCCAUCUACGCUGCUGAAAACCUAAGAGAAUGCGAGCAAGCACACUACAGUGCCGCUCAUUUCAGAUUUUACAGAGUAGAAGGAGACAGGUAUGAUUACAACACAGUUCCCUUCAAUGAAAAUGACCCAAUGAGUUGGACUGAAGACUACCAGGCUUGGUGGCCUAAUCCAAUGGAGUACAGGGCCUGUUACAUUAAAGUCAAAAUUAACGGCCCCCAAGAGGUGAACGUAAGAUCUCGCAACAUGGGCGGCACACAUCCAUACACAGCUGGCAAGCUUUACGGCAUCCGAGAUGUGCGCACCAUUCGAGACAUGGAGCAACCGAAUCUUUCAACCGUGUGCCUGGAAUUUAAGUGCAGUGGCAUGCUGUAUGACCAGGACCGAGUGGACCGUACACUGGUAAGAAUCAUUCCCCAAGGAAACUGCUAUAGAGAAAGUGUUAACAGCAUGCUCCAGGAAUAUCUAGUGAACCAUCUACCUUUUGCCGUAAAUAACAAGUCAGGUGAGUACACGAUGUUAGCACCUCUUGAUCCUCUUGGACAUAAUUAUGGAAUUUACACAGUCACUGACCAGAACCCUAGCAUAGCCAAGGAAAUAGCUCUGGGUAGAUGUUUCGAUGGCACGUCUGAUGGUACUUCCAGAGCUAUGAAGAGCGAUGUAGGCAUAGCAUUAACUUUUAACUGCGCUGAAAAAGAGGUGGCACAGCAAAGCUUAUUCCAGCCUCAGCAGAAUUCAGCUAAGCAGGGGGAAAGACCCAGGAUCAGAAGGAGACAAAGAGAAACUUGCACUGGCCAUGCCAGUAUGAGAAGGGUUACACAAUGCAGAAGUUUACCAAGAGUUUAGCCUGUGCCAAUGGAUUAGAAGCGUGCCAAAGCACCAGUAUGCUAUCCAGAUUUCAUUAAAUAUAUUCUAAAAAGAACAGCUACCUGCAAAUAAGCUAAUCUAAGUACAUCUGCCCAGCUGCAGUUGGGAAUUGUUACUAAAUUCUUGAGACAUCAUUUCUAUCCUCACUCAACUCUAGUAAUUGAGGUUUGUUCAAUUUCUACUUUUCUUUUUUAUGUCACCACAAAGCAGAGAUAUGAAGCAACCAUAUUACCAUGUUCGCAUCCUUAGUUAAAUACAAUCACCAUAAAAAUUAUAUUCUUGCUUGAUUCAAACUUACGCCCAAAGGGAAAAAAUUCAGAGAUUUAAACAAUGCACAUAAAAUAUUUUUCUAUGUUCUGGAUCCAAAGACUUUGCCAGCUAGGAGUACAUGAAAAGUAGUUGGAAACAAUAGAAAAGAAUAAACUGAUUUUUCGUACUGAA